CAAAUCUUCAAUGCGUUCCGUCACUCCACUCAUCACUCCACUGCUCAUCUCGUCACCUCGCGCUGCUCGUGCCUUGCUCUCUCCUUCCUCCCUCCCUCCCCUCGAUUCAGCUCGUCGAGCAGGCAGGCAACCCAAGGAAGGAGGAAGGAGGAAGGAACAGCGGCCAGGAGCUCUGCUCUGCUCGAAUCGAUCGAUUGAUGGCCAUGAGGCACAGGGCUCGCUCCGCCCCCAGCUCCCCGCUCACCCCGUCCUCCACCAUGAGAGCAAAGAAGAUAUUUGGUUUCUCUGUAUCUCUCAUCCUCAUCAAUCUGGCUUCCAUCAUGGAGCGUGCUGAUGAGAAUCUCCUUCCAGCAGUUUACAAGGAAGUCAGUGCAGCAUUCAAUGCUGGUCCUGCUGAUCUGGGAUACCUUACAUUUCUAAUGAACUUUCUGAAGUCUAUAGCAUCUCCCUUGGCAGGUGUCCUCGCCCUUCACUAUGAUCGCCCAACAGUACUUGCAAUAGGGACUGUCUUCUGGGCCUUAUCGACAGGGGCUGUUGGUGUUAGCCAGCAUUUUCGGCAGGUUGCAUUCUGGAGGUCUGUAAAUGGCCUUGGACUUGCCAUUGUAAUACCGGCACUUCAGUCAUUCAUCGCUGACAGCUACAAAGAUGGCACACGUGGUGCAGGGUUUGGUUUACUAAGCCUCAUUGGUGCAGUAGGUGGUAUAGGUGGCAGCAUUUUAGCGACUAUCAUGGCCGGGAAUAACUAUUGGGGAUUGCCAGGAUGGCGUGUUGCAUUUCUUAUGGUUGCUCUUGUCAGUUUGAUAAUUGGCAUCCUUGUGUACUUAUAUGCGACUGAUCCAAGAAAAAUUCCUGGUAAUCAUCUUCUUGAUGACGAUGACUAUGAGAGGUUACAUUUGGCCAGCAAAGAUGUUCUUCCACCUCCUUCUAUAUGGAGGGAUUCUUUGGUAGCAACAAGAUCUGUAAUGAAGGUGCGGACGUUUCAGAUCAUCGUUCUGCAAGGAAUAAUCGGAUCAUUGCCAUGGACGGCUAUAGUAUUCUUCACAAUGUGGUUUGAACUCAUUGGUUUUGACAACAACAGCUCGGCGGCAUUGAAUAGCUUGUUUGCUAUUGGGUGCGCAAGUGGAGCUUUCCUUGGAGGGGUGAUAGCAGAUCGCCUGUCGAGACACUUUCCAGAUUCUGCACGUGUCAUGUGUGCUCAGUUUAGUGCCUUCAUGGGCAUUCCUUUCUCGUGGAUCCUCCUCACGGUCAUUCCGCAGUCAGUAGAUUACUGGUCUGCCUAUGCCGUCACCCUCUUCUUCAUGGGCAUCACCAUAAGCUGGUGCGCCACCUCCGCAAACAACCCCAUGUUUGCAGAGGUAGUCCCGCCCAAGCACCGGACCAUGAUCUACGCUUUCGACCGUGCAUUCGAGGGCUCAUUCGCCUCGUUGGCAGCCCCCGCUGUUGGCUUGGUCACCGAGAAGAUAUAUGGCUAUGACAGCAAGACCGUGAACCUCGCAAACGGAUCACCAGAAGGGGCAUAUGCGCUGUCCAGGGGGCUACUAACCAUGAUGAUUGUUCCUUUUGGCGUUUGUGUCCUAUUCUACAGCCCCUUGUACCUUGUGUUCAAGCAUGAUAGGGAGAAUGCCAAGCUGUCCAGCUUCAAGAAUCAGGAGCUGGUAUGAAUAAACCACUUGUAUUCCUACUGAAGCUCCGGUCAGGCGGCUUGGAAAAAAUUCCAGAUUCAGGCUUCUUCAGAGUACACCAUGCAGCAUUCAUUUUUCAUUGGAUAGUUGGACCUGGUGAUUACUCAUGUGGAGAGAUGUGGUGUUUUUGCUGAAACUGUUAGCAGGCAAUUGCAGCUAUUAUGACCAGUUGUACACUUGUACUUGAUAGACUUUUUUUUUUUUUUGCUGUGAGAGUAGAUGGUGCUGAUGUGAUUUGUGUUAGUAAUACCAAAUUCCUAAUCUGUAACAGAUUAACUGAAAAAGAAUCCACUGUCAACAGAAUCAGAAUACCACUUUAGCAGUUGCU